AUGGAAAGUAAUAAGGAUGAAGCUAGAAGAGCAGUUGAUAUCGCUGAGAGGAAAAUCUCAGAGGAAGAUUACGUAGGAGCCAAGAAAUUCAUCAACAAGGCUCAGAAGUUGUUUCCAGAGCUUGAUGGUCUGAAACAAGUUAUGACGGUGAUCAACGUUUAUAUCUCUGCACCAAGAAAAAUCAACGGAGGACGAGAAGCUGAUUGGUACAGAAUCCUCGGCGUAGAUCCUUUGGCUGACGGUAAGGAAGUAAAGAAACAGUACAAGAAGUUAGCUCUCUUGCUUCAUCCGGACAAGAACAAGUGUAAAGGCGCUGAAGAUGCGUUUAAGCUGGUCUCAGAAGCUUGGUCUCUUUUAUCUGACAAGGAAAAGAGAAUUGCUUUUGAUCAGAAGAGGGCGCAGAAACCACAAAAUCAACACAAGACACCAUCUACUAAUGGUGUAGAUCCGAGUGCUAAAGCUAGAGCGCCUGUGAAUCCAUCAAAACAGAGAGGCGGGACAUUUUGGACCAUGUGCAAUCGUUGCAAGACACAAUGCCAAUAUCUCAAGGAUUAUUAUUAUAAAAGGGCCAUAGUUUGUCCAAACUGUGGUCACACUUUCAUUGCAACCGAGAAAAAUCCUCGACAAUCUGCUAGUGCCGCGGCUCGGGAACCUCCCAAAAGGAGACCGCUCAGGACAUCUGUUGUUUUUCCAAAGAAUAGCGAGAAUGUCGCAAACCAAGCACAAGAUAGAUCGAAGAAUAAACUUGAAAAGGAACAAGAAAGGCUUGCUGUUAUAGAGAGGGUUCGUAAGAAGCUGAGAUCGAUGUGA